AGAGCAUCAUCGGGAAGUGAUGUUCAAAUUAGGACUCGGCACCCAUGACAUUAUACCGACAUGUCGCUCUGCCCAGGCUACAAGCAUGUCGACGCGUUCGGACCAGACGACGAAUAUGAUGACGAAGAAGAGGUAUCCUAUGUUACCCUCGAUCUCGGAAGCGUCGAACCGUCCCUACUUCCCAGCUCAGCAAACUACCGGCUCAUUGGACUCGAUACACCCACUCCGUUUUUACAGCUUUCUGGCACGGUAUUGAAGGGACGACACGAAUGUUUGCUAGGCACCGAACUGCUCUUUGUUGAUGGCAAAGAUGCAUCUGUCGACAGGAGUAAACGGACUGUAGCAUAUCUUGAAAGCACAAAACAACGGGUCUGCUUCAAGGAAGUUCGGCUACAUCCUAAGGGUGAAGAGAAGGAAAAGGACAAAGAGGCAGAGGCGGACGAAGACAGUGGGAGACACUCAUUGGAUCGAAUGACGGGAAAGCAGGCCCCACCUCCGCGAAAGAAGCGAGCGAAGAAAAAGGCGGAAGAUAUCGCUGAAGGGGAAGGUGCACCAGAACAGACAGGGAAGAGUGAAAGGAAGGGAAAAGGAAAGAAGAAGCAGGUCGAUAAUGCCUACGACGACAACGACGAGGAGAUGAUGUAGCUGGGCUAGCCCUUUUACAGCGCACUAUUUGUUCAUCAUUGGAUUCUACACGUACUCUUAUUUCGUUGCAGCGGGACACUAACCACAUUUCUAUGAAUGUAUCUAUAAUUUCCAAUUCUAUAGAAGAGGACUACUUCAUGCAGAAGGUACCAAUUCGGACUCGGAAUGUUAACGCCAACCCCCGCUGGCUGACUGAACAAACGCCGAAUUGCUGACAUUUAGCAGCAAGUACAUUAAUACUCUGUGGUCCUUCCUUCCUUCGGUGCAGAUGCGGUAGCCACGUCGAGAUUAGUGUUAGUGCUCUGCUGCACGCUAUAGUUACAAAGGUGUCUGUUGAAUGAGACAUUGCCUUUUUACCCGCAGCGUCUCUAUUUCUUCUUGCUCU